AUGCAUAGUCAACAAAGGUGGGGAGAGCCUACUGGUCAAGUCUCAAGGACCUCCAUGAUUAGCCAUUUGAAUAAUGGUCAAUCGAGCUCUGGUGGUGCAAGUCAAGAUCGUGUGAUUACUUCCAGGACUCUGACUCCACAGGAAUCGAAAAAGGCACCAAUGCAGCAAGUCUAUGUGCCUAAGAAGGUUGGGGUUCCUAUUGUUUCCCCACAAAGAGCCAGGCCUCAAUCGGUCAUCACAAUCAGCUCCAUGGAAGCUCCUGUCAUUAAUCAUGAUGGGUCGAUUGUAAUUGAAGAAAUUCCAGCAUCUAAGCAAGAUGAAGCUACCAAAGAUGUUGCUAGAAUUGAAGAAAAGAAGAGCUUCAAAGGAGAUUCUAAGUAUCGGCAACCCAUAUGGUGUCCUCAUGGGUUGAAUAAAACUCAAAGGCAUAAGUUGUAG